CAGGAACAACUAUAAAACCGCGUCUCUGUCUUGCACCCUCCAUUUCACCUCUAAGCACUAGCCCCUUUGGUUGUUUGUGAGGAUACCCGGAACGAAAAAUUAUUUCAUUUUAUCAUCCCUUAAAAGGCUAUAUAAUUUCUACGUUAGUGCCUCAAUUAACCUCACCAAAGACAAAUAUUUUUCAAUUGGGAUACUAAUGGGUAACACUUUUGGUGCAAAGAAGACCACAAAGGUCAUGAAAAUUGAUGGUGAAACAUUCAAAUUGAAGACCCCAGUGAAAGCUGGUGAUGUGCUUAAGGAUCACCCAGGUCUUGUUUUGCUUGAAUCAGAGGCAGUUAAGCACUAUGGGGUAAGAGCAAAGCCUUUGGAAGCACAUAAGGAGUUGCAACCAAAGAGGCUUUAUUUUCUUGUGGAGCUUCCCAAAGAGACAAAACCAAGAAGGGUUCGUUCUGGCAUUAACAUGAGUGCAAAAGAUCGCCUAGAGAGCCUUGUGCUUACUAGAAGGUCUGCUUCUGAUCUUUCUAUCAUGAAACAAAGCAACAUGGGUGAUGGUGAACAAAGCAAUAAUAAUAAGGAGAAUGGUGGGGUGAGGUUGAAAAUGAGGCUUCCAAAGUCAGAGGUUGAGAAGUUGAUGCAAGGAAGCAAAGACGAGGCUGAAGCAGCUGAGAGGAUCAUGCGGCUCUAUAUGGCCAAUGGAAGCAGAGAAAGUGAAAGUGAUGUUAAAGAAAAUGGUGAAAAUACUAUGGUGUUGGACCAACAAAUACAUUACAAGGGUGGCAGAGACAGAGUUAAGGAGAUUACAAAGAAAAGGGUGAGUUUUAUGCCAAUCAGCGAAGGAGGUACUCAAGUAGCUGUGGCUUCAUAAACAUUCAUGAUCACAUUAACCAUGUAGCCGAACAUUGAAUACACAGGGAUGCUGUUUCUCCGGGGAAUAUCACACUAAUUGAAGGAGCUUUUAUUACAUUUGAUUAAAUAAGAGUCAUGUUUUUUAUACAAUACUUAGGGUCUCAGCUGGUUACAAUUUUAUAGGUGUUUGUAUGUUAGUUUCAUAGAACGGAAUAGUCAUUAUUAAAAUUAAUUGUUCUUUGUGAAGACACCUAUUGUGACUUGUGACUAAGCAAUCCUGUGUUGUAUAAACAGCAUUACUACUUAAAUGAUUAUGUGUACAUACAUAUUUUGGGUGUGUCUGUGACCUCAUAUAGAAAAGAUCGACACUUUGAAUGAAUGACUUGAUAUUAACUUAU